AUGACGCUUCUUCAGAACGGUGAUACAUUUUUGUGCUUGCUUAUAAUUUCCCUUGAAUUUCAGUUCUGAUCUCAUUGUUUUUCUUCAAUUUGUCUGAACAGCUUCAGAGCGGUGAGUUUUCAAUGAACAAUUCAACUUCAAAAAUAAAUUUCUUUCGAAAAAUAGCUCGGAGCUUGAAGAUCAGAAAUUUCAUGAUAGGUUUCGAAAAAGAGAACCCGAGGCGAGAGAUUAGCAAUACCUUACAAAACAGGGAGACACAGAGAGACGCCAGCAGGACUUUUUAGGAUGGUGCUGCAACAAGAGCAAUUUUUCCAUUUGCGAGGAGUACGGUAUGCGGAUAUGCGCAUUGAGUGCAUACACUUUGCGUGUUUACACUUUCGUUGCGUAACCGGGUUUUUUGUUUCCGAGUUUUUUUUUUUCGAAUAUUUUUGCACUUUUCUCGAUGAUAUUUGCACGAUGAAAAACAGUACCAAGAAAAAAAAAUUGAAAAAAAAUGUGAAAAAAAAAACCUGGUGACGUCACGCAACGAAAGUGUAAACACGCAGAGUGUAUGCACGCAAUACCGUACUCCUCGCAAAUGGAAAACUCGCUCUUGUCGUAGCACCUUUAAGAUCUUGUCAAUCAAUUCAACUUCUUCGAUCCCAUGUUAGGAAAGAAUUAAAACACCACGAAACCGGAUCAAAUUUUUGUUCAAUUCUUCCAAAAAUGCUAUGCUUGAUUCGCUACAACUUGGGCAUUCAUGAUGGCUCAACGCGUUGCGGACGCGCUGCGGUUCAAGUUCCAAUUUCAAAGUUGAUAGCCCAUACAGUUACACAUGAUGUUCCACGCAAGUCGUUUCGUGAUCCGACGAAAGUGGUCCCUAUAGGGGUUGAAGGAGAAAAGACCGCAACGCGUUUAGCCAUUCCCCGUGCGCUUAACAAGGAAGGUAAUUUUGCCUUCUGGUUGAGUCUUAUUUUAAAAAUGGCCAGAACACUUCUUAAUGGGCCAGCUAACGACAUUAGAAGUCUCAAAAAGUCUAAAAAUUUCGUUUUCGAGAUGUGAGGUCUCAAAGUCCCAAAAUAGCCUGGUUAACGCAUUUUUGAGGGGGAACUUUUUGACUUUGAGGUGUUAGGAAAUCGAGAGUGGUCUCUUUAGGAGUUGAAGGAGGAGAUUAGCUCUAUAAGUGCCGAAAAAGUGGUCCCUACAGGAGUGAAAUCAAGGGGUCCCUAUUGGGGUUCAGGGUCUGUCCCCUCAGCCCCUAAAGCUUAAGUGGUCCCUAUAGGGGUCAACUGCAUUUAAAUUCAGUUAUUCGCGUGGGAUUGCUUCUUCGUAAAAAUUAUCGAUAAGCAUGUCCCCUAUAGUGGCCACUAACUGAAACUCGUACAGGUACUAAUUUUGCAAGAUUUAGUGACCUCUAUAGGGGUUAAUAAAGUGGUCCCUAAGGCCCUUAUAGGGACCACUCUGGAGUUCCUAAGAUUCUCGAAAACUAGAAAAACGUGCAGAUUGAAACUUUCAAACUCAUUUUCUGGAAUAUCAAGGAAAUUUCGAAGAAAUUCUCAACCGUGAAGUGAAAUUACCUUCCUUCCAGAUAUGCAUUUUGAAGUCAAAAACUGAUUAAAUUCCAGACAAAUGCUGUCAAAUCGCGUUGGGCUCCGGUUCCGAAAGAGAGAAAAAAACGUUCGAAGCUAUGUGUAGGACAUUGUCAUGCACCAAGGGCGAGGUGCAGAUCAACGAAGAAACUGUGAGGUACAAUCGCACCUGGACCAACCAGAUCUCAAAAAGUGGACCUAUCGAGUUCGACCACGUCGAUGUUCAUAUCAAAAAGAUGCUCAGCCUAGUCGAAGUCAUCUAUCUCACCAAAAUUACAGAAGCUCGUGGGUUUUUUGAAUACAUUUUAUUUAUUUUUCUGUUUUUUGUUUUGUUUUGGUGGUUGAAGAAGGCAUGGUUGACUAGAAAACGGCUCUUCGUUUCGAGACCUUAUUUGAAUUUAUUCAUGUUCCUUUAAACACUCUAGCUAGGGUUUUGAAAAAAAAAUGUUCUCUUUAUGUUUGUCGAUAAAAAUAACCUUUUUUUUAAUUUUUCAAAAAUUAUCCACGGAGCACAAAAAUUCUCUAACUCGUAGGCUAUUUUUUUGUGUUGAAGGUUCAUUUAGCCCAUGUUGGAAAUACAUUAUCCAUAGAGCAAACAAGCUUCCAAGUGCGCGGCUAUUUUCACAGCACAAUUUUCAAAAAUUAUCCAUGGAGCGAAAAAGCUUCCAAGUGCGCGGCUAUUUUCACAGCCCAAUUUUCAAAAAUUAUCCAUGGAGCGAAAAAGCUUCCAAGUGCGCGGCUAUUUUCACAGCCCAAUUUUCAAAAAUUAUCCAUGGAGCGAAAAAGCUUCCAAGUGCGCGGCUAUUUUCACAGCCCAAUUUUCAAAAAUUAUCCAUGGAGCGAAAAAGCUUCCAAGUGCGCGGCUAUUUUCACAGCCCAAUUUUCAAAAAUUAUCCAUGGAGCGAAAAAGCUUCCAAGUGCGCGGCUAUUUUCACAGCCCAAUUUUCAAAAAUUAUCCAUGGAGCGAACAAGCUUCCAAGUGCGCGGCGAUUUUUACAGCCCAAUUUUCAGAAAAUUAUCCAUGGAGCGAACAAGCUUCCAAGUGCGCGGCGAUUUUUACAGCCCAAUUUUUAGAAAAUUAUCCAUGGAGCGAACAAUCUUCUAAGUAUUUUUUUCAGCCAAACUUUCCUGUUUUUACGUGAAAAUAUAUUGAAAUGGUUCAAUUUUUCGAAGAUAAAAGUUUUGUAAAAAUCAGAAAGGGGUAAAUGACAUAAGAAUUCCAGAGUGGUCCCUAUAUAGGUCGUUCGAUUUCAUUUUAAAAAAGCUAAUUAUUGUUUUUGCAUGGAAAUGCUUCUUUGAAUAGAAAUUAUAACAAUUAUCGACUAGAAUUUUUCCCUAUAGGGACCACUUUCAAGCUUUAUUGGUCCCUAUAAAGGACCCUUCAAGGGCUGCUAAGGUUGCCUCUAUAGGGACCACUCUGGAGUUCCUAAGUACUGCUAAAAACCUCGAAAUGUGCUUUUUCUUAGGUUUUUUUUUUACUUUCUUCCCAGGAUCUUUUUCUGGUAAAUUUACGAAUUUACAGCCCACGCGGUCAAGUUCGUCAACUCGACGGUGUCGGAAGAGGAAUUCAAAAAUCUCAAGUCUAUCGAAAUCCUCGGAGACUUCCUCGAAGAUUAUUGCGACGGACGAAAACUUGUGGAAAUCGAUAAGCUUAGUGAUGUCCCUAUGAAAGUUCAAGAUAGAUUGAACGGGGCUGUUGAUAAGGUAGGUUUUUGAAUUUUCGUCUUAAUUGCAACAAACAGUUAUAGCCCAAAAGCAAAAAAUCGUGCCGAUGGGCGGAGCUUUGCGGUCCCUAUCUAUAGGAAGCUGAUUGAAAAAAUAGAUCUACUGUAGAUCUGAGUACUCAAAGCUACAGAAAAAGCCCCGUAGGUAGGCUGAGAGGGGGGUCUUAUAACCCUUGGAAAUUUUUUUAUUUAUUGUAAAAUGAAUUAACUGAUGAUGAUUGGGGGAGGGGGGCUUAAAGGAGUGAGGGAACCCGAUAGGGGGGGGGGGAGGAGAGAAACACACUACUUCCGUAACCAUCUCUUUUUCACUUCCAAUCCAAAAAAUUAACCUCCAUUCUUAUUCAACCUAUCUCCAUCCUACCGUAGCUUCAGCUUUUCGUAUCUACCACUCAUGAAUAUGAAAAUCAUUCUAUCAAAAAAAUUACAGUAAGGUCUUUUAACCCUUGGAAAUUUUUUAUUUAUUGUAAAAUAAAUAAACGGAUGAUACCGUAGCUUCAGUUAAGUACCAUCAAAUCUUUAAAAAAAAUUUCUCAGGGAAAAUAUUCAAUUUCCAACAUUCUACCCUCGUCAAUACUCUCAUUACUAUUACCCAAUCUCAAAUCUCUUCGAAAAAAUUUUUCAGCUCACAGAACCUUGUGCCGACUUGAAAAAAGUGACGCCUGGCUACAAGAAACUAUCGUCACAAAUUCAUCUUAUGAGUUGUAAGUUUUUCCUUUCUAAAUUUCGGGAUGCACGGCAUUCCUAAUGGGGUGGAGGAAGGUGAGCGAGGCGGCAAGGUUUCUGAAUCAAAAAAAAAGUAAGUGCGCGCUCCGGAUAAAAUGACGUCAUUCUACGUCACAAAUUACACUGAGUAUUCAACGUUAAUAACGUGUUUGUUCGAUCGCCUUUGGCUGCGUACUUGAGAUUUAAAUUUUCGCGCCCAAUUAUUUUUUGACGUUUUCUCAGCCCGUUUGGGAACGUCGUGGGAUAUGAAAAUUUUUUUUUCAGCCCUUCUAGCCCUCCUUCCAACCUUCUACUUAUGA